AUGGGUUCAGGUGGUGAAAGAUUCCAGUUCGAUCCAGAGCCUGGACAGUUUGGUCCAGAGUCCGGGCAGCUUCCCCGCGCUCCUUCGAACUCGUUCGCUGGCGUGAUCCUGGUCCAAUACGUGGUGCCCGCCACGCUCUUCACGGCUUAUCGCGUCAUGCACAGGCGCCAGAAGCUGCGCCCCCACGAAUUGGCGCUGCACCUGGCGCUGCUGGCCAGCGUGGACACGUCGGGCGUGUUCGACCCGUACGAGACCCUACGCGUCAGUGACGCUACAUUCUCGCGCCGGAUCAAGAAGGCCUUCAGAGCGCUGUAUCGCCAGCUGCACCCCGACAAGAAUCUGCACAACCUGCGGGCUGCAGCGCAGUUCAUGCGCGUGAAAAAGGCGUACGAGGCGCUCCCGGACACUCACUGCACGGAUAAUUACCACCCGGACGGCCCGUACGGCACGGGCAGCAGCACUGACUCGGUCUUUGCGCUGCUAUAUUUCGGCGCGAACUACGCGGGGUUUGCGUGCCAAGGAAGAUACGCCAAAGCUUCAGGGGGGGACCUGGCGGGGAAGAUGAGCGUGUGCGAUGUUGUGGAGCUGCUGCUCUCAUGUGACGAAAUGGUGGGAUCGGCUGCGGGCAUCCUGGACGAGAUCAAGAACGAGGCGGGGCUAUGCGCGAAGACCCGUGACAAGCUGGUCACGAAGAUGGAGGCGGCCAAAGCGCUACCGACUGAAGUCAUAUCGCGCAUCCACAAGCACCCGGAUCCUGUGGUUCGGGAAACCAUGCUGGCGCUGUACCAGUACCUGCGUCGGGACAAGGUGCGCGGUGUCUCCGCGCCAGUUUUGUUGCUGGAGCUGCCGUUCUUGGUGUACAUCUUCGCGACGAUGGCGACUGGGCAGUUGGUGAAGCGCGCGUACCCGGCCACCCCUCUGAUGCUCGGGAUGCCGCUGCUGUCUAUCAUUGCUGAAUGCAGCUUCGUGCCGGACGAGGAGUCACGAAGCGCCCUGAACAAGCGUAUUGCGGAAGUGGGUGGACAGCUUCGGAAGCUGUACUUGGCCGGAACGACGCUCGCUGUGCUCAACGAGCCCACCAACCAGCCUGUAGACUGGCUCAAUCUGCAGACCACGUUGCAGCGCGAGGACCUGGAAGCCGGGAGGACGGUGCCGUUGACUGCUACUUCUACGACCCCAUGGAUUCCAAAGAGUCCGUUCCGGAAGGAGAACGUCUGGCUCCUUGUCAUGGAGAAGCGAAAAGAGUGCGACUUGAAAACUAUCUUCUCACUUAAUAAUUGUCGUUUUGUUGUUGCCACGGUACCUGGACUUAUGACGCAGAAGGGAGGCUUCUUGGGGCUAGAGGCAGCAUGUAUUUAUUUACCUAAGCAUUCGUAUUAUUGUGUGAUUGCCGUGGUAGUGGUUGUUCCUGCAGAUGACAGCCCGUAA